AUGCCGUUUCGAGAUCAUUGGCGAGAUGUCCAAACUCUACAAAAUGAUGGAAUUCCUAUUGAUACGACAAGCAAUGAGACAGCAAAGCUAUUCGACGCCACAUUAACGCAAUACGUAGGUUGGUAUUCUGAUCAGCAGUUGGGUGGUAUAAAGUCGAGUCUGACUCGUCUUCUCGCUUCGGAUCCAGAAUGUGGUAUUAGUCGCAUUCUAACUGCUGCUCUUGGACUAUUCUCAACGCCACAAUCAUCUGCACAGGCUCACGCGCAAGUAGUUGAGAUUAUCGGUGACACGGUCAAUUCGUCGAACCAAUACGUUAAAUUACACGCCCAGUCUCUCCUCGACUGGUCUUGUGGCUAUCGAUCGCGUGCUACCGAGGUAUGGGAAACUAUCCUUCUCGAUCAUCCUUUUGAUAUUAUGACGUUAAAAUUCGCUUUGGAUACUUACUUUCAUUUGGGCAAUCAGAAUAUGCUUAGAGAUUCAGUUGCACGAAUAUUACCCAUCUGGGAAUCAUCCACAUCACAGCGUCCAUUGCAAUCGUACUUGUAUGGAAUGCAUGCAUUUGGUUUGGUUGAAACGAAUAUGGUGGAACGAGCUGAAAAACAAGCACGACUAGGACUGGACCUCAACGAACACGAUGGGUGGGCGACACACGCUUUGGCGCACUAAGAAACUGUUCAGUCAUCUGAUACUGACACAGCCAAAGCCUAUCAUCAAAUCGGUGGUCCUGUCUUCACUGCACUCGAGCGUUUUACCUAA